AUGCCGUGGAUCGUUAUGGCUUUUGCCAUGUCACACCUCCUAUGUUUCCACCUACGACGCCUAAUCCACACUACUCCCUCAACCUCGGUCGAAAUCAGCGGUAGUCUGAUGGUUCUCAUCCAGCGUACAACCACCUACGCCUGGAAUGUCCAUGAUGGCUGCUGUACCGAUGCCGAAUUGCAGGAAUUGCAGGAUCACCAGAAAGACAACCGCGUCACCCACAAACCCUCCCUCCUCGCUUUCCUCGCUUACACUCUCUACUUUCCCGCCAUCCUCGUCGGUCCUGCGUUCCCAUACGACGCGUAUGCCAGUUUAGUGGAUGAUAGUCUAUUUGAGACACCGCGCCCGCGCAAGCUCAAACUCAAAGGACGCAGACGGGCUGGAUAUCGUAGAAUGGUAUUUGGGUUAUUUUUUUUGGCCAUCUACGCGGUGUGGGGGGGAUCCGCUGAUAUGUCCCGCCUCAUUGACCCUGCCUGGCAGCGCAACCACACCAUUCUGCGCCGCAUCCUCUUCGUGCAGAAAGCAGGCGUCAUUACUCGGUUUAAGUACUACGCAGUCUGGUCCAUCUCUGAGGGCGCGUGCAUCAUCUCGGGUCUCGGCUUCAAUGGCUACAACGCCGCUAAUGGGCGCACGCGCUGGGAUCGGGUGCGCAAUAUCGACGUGCUCAGCGUAGAGCUGGCGCAGAACAUUAAGGAGCUACUAGACGCGUGGAAUAUGAACACUAACAUUUGGCUCAAGACUUGCGUAUAUCUUCGCAUCACUAGUCGUGGUGAAAAACCUGGUUUCGCGUCCACCCUCUUCACCUUCCUCACGAGCGCUUUCUGGCACGGCCUGCCUUUGGGUUACUAUCUUACAUUCGUCUUCGGUGGGUUCCUCCAAGCUCUGGGGAAGAUGGUGCGCAGGAAUGUGAGACCGUUUUUCAUCGCUACUGAUAAACAAGGUGAACAAAUUGAACAAGGCAAACACCUCAAAUACCUCUAUGAUGUACUCUCCAUCAUUACCACACAGACGCUCAUCAACUUUGCCGUUAUCCCCUUCCUGCUUCUUGAUUGGAGAGAUAGUGUACGAGGAUGGAAUAGCGUGUGCUGGUAUGGCGUAGUGGUGGUCGCGUGUGCUUUCGCCUAUUUCAAAGGUUUCGGUGGCGUAGGGAGGUUACAGAGCAGACUACAGAAGCAGCAACGCGAUGAUACGCUCAACGACCUCCUCUUCGACGCCACCCCUACAUCUGAGUUGAGAGAUAGGGUGGGGCUGGACGAGGAGCUGUUGACAAGAGACGUUGACGAAAUGAUUCAGAAACUACUCUCUAAUGGCUCACUCGCCAGUCGCGAAGCUGCGGAUCAGAUUAAGGAUAUGAGCAGCGACGGGAAGGCUAUAACAAAGGCAGCGGUUAAAGACGCUGUUGAGGGAAAUAGAAGUGGGAGUGGGAGUGAAAUUUAA